AUGGGGAUUUUGGGUAAUCAUACCACCACAGUGAAUCGAAUGAAAGUAUUAGCCGAGUCAUAUGUUUGGUGGCCUGGGCUUGAUACUGAUAUAGCCACUAACGUACAGCAUGGUCAUCACUGCCAAGAAAAUAGAAAUAGUCCGGCAAAGGCUCCAUUACAUCCGUGGGAGUGGCCAACUCAGCCAUGGACCAGACUUCACAUGGACCACGCAGGACCAUACCAAGGCAAGUUGUUCCUGGUUUUGGUUGAUUCCCAUUCCAAGUGGUUGGAGGUUUGUAUAGUGCCUUCUACAUCUGCAGAAGCUACGAUUAAGGUCUUCAAAUCAAUAUUUUCCACUCAUGGCAUCCCUGAACAGAUUGUGACAGAUAAUGGUACUGGAUUUGAGAGUGGAGAAUUUCAAGAUUUUAUGUCUCAGAUGGGCAUUCAGCACAUCUGUACCUCUCCAUACCACCCCUCUUCUAAUGGGCUUGCAGAAAGGGCAGUAAAAACCUUCAAGUCUACUGUUUCCAAAUUAGACGGACUCAUGGAACACUGCCUCACUCAGUUUCGGUUCAAGUACAGAGUAACUUCACAAACAACAACUAACCUGUCAGCAGUUCAGCUCUUGAUUGGUAGGAGAUUACGAACUAUUAUGGAUCUAUUGCAUCCUGAUGCUUCUAAGAGAGUAGAAGAUAAGCAGAGGAAGCUAAUGACUGACAAGAGACCAAGAACUUUUGCAGUAGGGGAUAAAGUCUUUGUUAGAGAUGUCCUCCAUAAGAAAUGGAUACCUGCAGUGGUAAUUAAGAUUACAGGACCUCUCUCUUAUCAUGUAGAGACUAAUAGUGGUGUUGUGUUACGUAUGCACGUAGAUCACCUUUGCCCUCAUUUCCCAGAAGACAUGACUACCUCUACUGGUCAAUCAGAAGGUUUAGGCCCUACCACCACUAUAAUCCCCACCACUACUUGA